AAGACAAACCAACUAUAUACGAUCUGCCAAUUAGUCCUUUAUAUGGUGUCAUAACUGCUCCGUGUGUAACACCUUCAAAAAAUCAAGAUGACAAACAUUACUUCACUAUGUCUCGAAGAACAUACGACCCAUUUAAAGGUGGAUACACAUCAAUGGACAUUCCAUGUUUUUAUGAUCCUGAAAAUGGUCGUCACGGUGGUGUUGCCAAUGCUACAAAAAACGGGAAACAAAUUUUUACUGUAGCAGGCGAG